AAACCACAAGAAAGUUUUGGUGGCCUGUGUGGCGGAGGCUGUGGCCCAGGAGGAAGGAGGACACAGACAGCUGCCUGAGGGGCUUUGAGCCCAGCUGUGUGGUUACCAAGACUAUAGCCUGCAGCUGGCAGACCAGGCUCCCACCCCGCCCACUGGGCACUCACCACACCUCACCCAGGGGCGCGCCUCUCAAAGAUGCACUGGGAACGGUGCCUGAGUGUGGCCAGCCUGCAGCCACACCGAGCAUAAGUGUUGAUAAGGCCUUCCCUGGCCCACCCCCUCGCUUCCCAGAGCUGCAGGAGCAGGCUGCGGAGCUGCUGGGGGUGGAGCGGACUCUGUUUGUGCCCACCAACACUAUGGCCAACCUCAUCUCUGUGAUGGGUCACUGUCGGCGCCGGGGCUCCCAGCUCCUCCUCGGGCAGGAGUGCCACCUCCAGGUCUAUGAGCAGGGCGGGGUGGCUCAGCUGGCUGGGGUGCUCGCCCACCCGCUCCCGGACAUGCCGCAUGGCACGCUGGACCUGGCUGAGCUGCAGAGGGUGCUUGCUCGGGGCCACAGGAGCCCCUACCACCCAGUGUGUGAGCUGGUGUGCCUGGAGAACACGCACUGCAGCUCUGGAGGCCGAGCCCUGCCCAUCGACUACCUCCGCCAGGUGCACCUCCUGGCCAGGACCUAUGGGGCCCAUGUCCACCUGGAUGGGGCCCGGCUGAUGAACGCAGCGGUGGCUCUGCGUGUGCCCCCCACCCGGAUUGUGGAGCACUGCGACUCUGUGUCUUUCUGCUUUUCCAAGGGCCUGGGUGCACCAGGAGGGGCAUUGGUCGGGGGGCCUAAGGAGUUCAUUGAAGAGGCCUGGCGUUUCCGGAAAGCCCUGGGUGGAGGCAUGCGCCAGUCAGGGGUGCUGGCUGCAGCAGCCCUGGUGGGCCUGGCUGGCGCAGAGGCAGCCCUGCUGCAGGACCACGGGAACGCCCAGAGAUUCGCCAAAGGACCUGGCCUAGGUCUCCAGGAGCUGGCAUCACCCAUCUGCUCUGUGGAUCCUGCCACUGUGGAGACCAACAUGGUGCUGGUGAGGGUGAACGGGCUGUCACCCAUGGAGCUGUGCCAGCGUCUGCAGGCUGUGAGCACUGAGGAGGUGGCACAGAUUGGCUGUGGUGUGCGUGUGCUGCUGUUUCCCUGGACAGAAAGGUCUGUGCGUGCUGUGUGGCACCGUGACAUCUCCACCCAGGACACUGACCUAGCUCUGAGGAAGUGGGAGUUUGUGCUGAGACAGCUGGAGCCCUGAGGACAAGGUGACCGGAAAUCCCAUGUCCUGGCUGGGACUGAAGCAGGGAGAGGUGUUCAGAGCCUGUGGCCUAGCAGCCUGCCGGAAGUAAAGCCAACCUCUGGGGAGAGGCGACACUAUCCAAAGCCUCGGGUCCUCAACAGUGACUCAUUCAUGGGAUCAGACAAGAGGUGACCAAAAAUCAAGGGGAAAAACCAGGCAAACAGACCGGAGGGUGAUCAAGAUAAUGGAGUUAUUAGAUACAGGAUUUAAGGUAAAAUACUGAAGGAAUUACCAGGCAA